AUGGACAUGCUGGGCGCUCCCAGGUGGGUCUGGACCCGCCCCUCCUCAGCUUCCUUUAAGGGCUGGGGACCUGGAACUACAGGUUCACACAUCAUGAGGACCUCUGCUUGUCCCUGGACCUUCCUGCUGACCUUCACGCUGCUCUGCACACUUCUGGGUCUAGGAUGCCCACUAAGCUGUGAGGUAUGCAACGGCCCCGGGCCCACGUGCAAGGGAAAAAUGAAGACGUGCGAGAAUGGCAAGGACGCAUGCGUAGUCGUCGUGGGGGAGUCCAGCACAAAGGGACAUCAGUCGGUGAACACCUACAAGGCAUGCAUGAAGUUCAAAGACUGCUACUCGGGCUUUGUGUCCACCACUAUGGGCUCCAAGGACUACAUGGUUUCCAACGCACACUGCUGCCAGAGCGAUGGCUGCAACCAUGGCUCCAUACCCGCUCCCCAAAACAAUCGCACAGAGAACGGCCUCCAGUGCCCUGCCUGCAUUGCACCCUUCCAGGAGUCUUGUCCCGGGACCCAGGCAGCCCGCUGUGUUGGUCAGGAGACCCAUUGCAUCUACUUCGCUGGCAAUGUGCAGGCUGGAAUCAUCACCACCAAAUUUGCCACUCGGGGCUGUGCUACAGAGAGUGCCUGCUACACCAAGGCUGGGUCUGAGCUGCCCUCAGCCUCCUAUCUCUACUUCCUCCACCGAGCAGACUGCCUCCCAGCGCCCCAACCUCCUGGCAGGGCUGAGUGA